GACAGCAGCUGGAGUCAGUCGGUCUUCGGUGGAGCUGCGUGACCUGGGCUACAGGGGCCGGCAACUGGAGAAGCGCUUCUCAGCCGUCAACUACCGGGAGGAUCGUCGGACAAAUGCAGUAGUAGCUCCCAGAACCGAGAUGCACUAACUAAGAAGAAAUAUUUUGAGAAAACGCCCUGGCUGGAUCACACAGACUGAAGUGUAGCGUUCAAGUAUUAGGUGUUUAUUUCGCAAACUGCAGGAUGCGCGGAUAAGCAGAAGGGACUGAACGAAUGACGCUUUGCACGGUGGCUGAAUAAAGAGCAGGCAGUCGAGUGAGAGAGAGAGAGAUAUAACCGCGGACAUGGCUGACAGAACGGCUCCGAACUGUCACCUGCGACUCGAGUGGGUCUACGGCUACCGCGGACACCAGUGCCGCAACAACCUGUACUACACCGCCGCCAAGGAGAUCGUGUAUUUCGUGGCCGGCGUGGGGGUGGUUUACAACACGAGGGAGCACAAGCAGAAAUUCUACUUGGGUCACAACGAUGACAUAAUCAGCCUAGCCUUGCACCCUGAGCGCGUCCUGGUGGCCACCGGCCAGGUGGGCAAGGAACCUUACAUCUGCGUGUGGGAUUCGUACACGGUACAGACGGUGUCCAUCCUCAAGGACGUGCACACGCACGGCAUAGCCUGCUUGGCCUUCGACCUCGAUGGACAGUGCUUGGUGUCAGUGGGCUUGGAUUCAAAGAACACGAUCUGUGUGUGGGACUGGAGGAGAGGGAAGGUUCUUGCAGCAGCCCCUGGACACACAGACCGGAUAUUUGACAUAUCAUGGGACCUUUACCAGCCAAGCAAGCUAGUGAGCUGUGGUGUGAAACACAUAAAGUUUUGGAGCUUGUGUGGUAACGCCUUGACCCCCAAGCGCGGAGUCUUCGGGAAGACGGGGGACCUGCAGACCAUUCUAUGCCUGGCCUGUGCACGUGAUGAGAUCACAUACUCGGGGGCACUGAAUGGUGAUAUUUACGUCUGGAAGGGGACCAACCUGGUGCGGAGCGUCCAGGGCGCCCACGGGUCAGGGAUUUUUAGUAUGAACGCCUGUGAGGAGGGCUUCGCCACAGGGGGCCGGGAUGGCUGCGUCCGCCUGUGGGAUCUGAAUUUCAAACCAAUUACGGUGAUUGAUCUCAGGGAAACAGACCAAGGCUAUAAAGGGCUCUCGGUGCGCAGCGUCUGCUGGCGCGGUGACCACAUUCUUGUGGGCACCCAGGACAGCGAGAUCUUCGAGGUGGUUGUCCACGACCGCACCAAGCCCUUCCUCAUCAUGCAGGGCCACUGUGAGGGUGAACUGUGGGCACUAGCCGUGCAUCCAACCAAGCCCCUGGCCAUGACUGGCAGUGAUGACCGCUCUGUCAGGAUAUGGAGCCUCGUUGACCAUGCGCUCAUCGCUCGCUGCAACAUGGAGGAGCCUAUCCGGUGCGCAGCUGUUAGCACGGAUGGCAUCCACCUGGCACUUGGCAUGAAGGAUGGCUCCUUCACUGUCCUGCGUGUCAGGGACAUGACGGAGGUGGUGCACAUCAAGGACCGUAAGGAGGCCAUCCACGAAUUGAAGUACUCCCCCGAUGGGGCUCACCUGGCUGUGGGCUCCAACGAUGGCCUGGUGGACAUCUAUGGGGUGGUACAGCGCUACAAGAAGGUGGGCGAGUGCGCAGCCUCUGGCAGCUUCAUAACACACAUGGACUGGUCCGCUGACAGCAAGUACCUGCAGACCAACGACGGUGCCGGCAAGAGGUUCUUCUAUAGAAUGCCAAGUGGCAAAGAGGUCACCAACAAGGAGGAGAUUAAGAUGGUGCAGUGGGCUACGUGGACCUGUGUCCUGGGACCAGAGGUCAAUGGCAUUUGGCCCAAGUAUUCCGAAAUCAAUGACAUUAACUCUGUGGAUGCCAACUUCAACAAUCAAGUACUCGUGACAGCUGAUGAUUAUGGAUUAGUAAAGCUUCUACGGUACCCUUGUGUAAGGAAAGGUGCAAAGUUUAAAAAAUAUUUAGGUCAUUCUGCCCAUAUAACCAACGCCAGGUGGUCGCAUGACUACCAGUGGGUGAUUACUAUUGGUGGAGCCGAUCACUCUGUAUUCCAGUGGAAGUUCAUCCCAGAAAGAAAACCUAAAGAUGCCCUUCACAUAGCUCCCCAAGAGACGCUGGUGGACUCCAACAGUGAAGAGUCUGACUCAGACCAAUCCGACGUUCCUGAGAUGGACUCUGAAAUUGAGCAGGAGACUCAGCUCACUUACCGGCGCCAGGUUUACAAAGAAGAUCUACCUCAGCUUAAAGAGCAGUGCAGGGAAAAGCACCGGGCAACGUCCAUCAAGAAGCGGGAGAGGGCACCGACAAGUGCUCUGAAGCUCCACUUCAUUCAUGGCUACAGGGGCUACGACUGCAGGAGUAACCUGUUCUACACCCAGACUGGGGAAAUUGUGUACCACGUGGCGGCAGUUGGGAUCAUUUAUAAUCGGCAGCAGAACACACAGCGCUUCUACCUUGGUCAUGAUGACGACAUCCUCUGUCUUGCCAUCCACCCCCUGAAGGACUAUGUAGCCACUGGACAGGUUGGGCGAGAUUCCUCAAUCCACAUAUGGGACACAGAAAUGCUGAAACCAAUGUCAGUACUAAAGGGAUAUCAUCAGUACGGGGUGUGCGCUCUGGAUUUUUCCGCUGAUGGCAAACGUCUGGUGUCCAUUGGGCUGGAUGAUAAUCACACCAUCAUCCUGUGGGACUGGAGGAAGGGAGAAAAGCUCUCAGCCAUCAGGGGAAGCAAGGACAAGAUUUUUGUUGUCAAAAUUAACCCGUAUAUGCCUGACAAGCUCAUCACCGCCGGAAUCAAACACAUGAAGUUCUGGCACAAAGCAGGCGGAGGUCUGAUUGGGCGGAAGGGGAACAUGGGCAAGACCGAGACCAUGAUGAGUGCGGUUUAUGGCUGGACGGAGGAGAUGGUGUUCUCAGGGACAUGCACAGGGGACAUUUGCAUUUGGAGGGACAUGUUUCUAGUGAAGACGGUGAAAGCGCAUGAUGGACCUGUUUUCAGCAUGCAUGCCCUGGAAAAGGGUUUUGUGACGGGAGGGAAGGAUGGGGUGGUGACUCUGUGGGACGACACCUUUGAGAGGUGCCUAAAAACCUACGCAAUUAAGAGGGCUGUUUUAGCCCCUGGCUCCAAAGGACUGCUCCUGGAGGACAACCCCUCCAUACGUGCCAUAUCGCUCGGCCAUGGCCACAUCCUAGUUGGGACCAAAAAUGGUGAGAUCCUUGAGGUGGACAAAAGCGGCCCCGUCACCUUGUUAGUCCAGGGUCACAUGGAGGGUGAGGUGUGGGGCCUGGCGAGCCACCCCCACCUGCCGCUGUGUGCCACGGUCAGCGAUGACAAGACCUUGCGCAUAUGGGACCUCUCCCCCAGCCACUGCAUGCUGGCUGUGCGCAAACUCAAGAAAGGGGGGCGCUGCUGCUGCUUUUCUCCGGAUGGCAAAGCCUUGGCUGUGGGACUGAAUGACGGCAGCUUCCUCAUCGUCAAUGCUGACACCCUGGAGGACCUGGUGUCCUUCCACCAUCGCAAGGAUGUCAUCUCCGAGAUCCGCUUCUCACCAGGGGCAGGUAAAUACCUUGCUGUGGCCUCAGCUGACAGCUUUGUGGACAUCUACAACGUAAUGAGCAGCAAACGAGUGGGCGUCUGCAAGGGCUCCCUCAACUGUAUCACCCACCUGGACUGGGACAGGAGAGGGAAGCUGCUGCAGGUCAACACAGCGGCAAAGGAGCAGUUAUUUUUUGAAGCUCCCCGUGGCAGGAGGCAGAUGAUUCCCCCCACAGAGGUGGAGAAGAUCGACUGGAGCACAUGGACCUGCGUACUCGGAACAUCCUGCGAGGGCAUUUGGCCAAUUUUCAGUGAUGUCGCAGAGGUGACCUCUGCCUGUCUGAGUAGUAACAGGAAGGUGUUGGCGACCGGCGACGACCUGGGUUACGUGAAGCUGUUCAGGUAUCCUGUAAAGGGGAAGUAUGCCAAGUUCAAGCGCUACGUGGCCCACAGCACGCACGUGACCAACGUGCGAUGGACGCAUGACGACACCCUGCUGGUGACCGUGGGCGGCGGGGACACCUGCCUGAUGAUCUGGAGCCACGAAUGUGAUGGUCACAGGGAGACUCGACAGGGCGACAGCGAAGAGUCAGACAUCGAAAGCGAGGAUGAUGGGGGUUAUGACAGUGACGUGACGAGAGAAAACGAGAUCAACUACACCAUCAAGGCCUUAUCCACCAACCUGCGGCAGAUGUGUGGAGUCAAACCCCACCUGCAGCAGAAAGAGCCGUCUGUGGACGAGAGGCAGGGAGUGGUAAGAGGGUCCAGACCACCAGUAAGCAGAGCUCUGCCCCAGCCAGAGAAACUACAAACUAACAAUGUGGGCAAGAAGAAGAAGCCCAUAGAGGACUUGGUGCUGGAGUUGGUGUUUGGCUACCGUGGCAACGACUGCCGUAAUAAUGUCCACUACUUGAACGAUGGAGCAGACAUCAUCUACCACGCGGCCUCGGUCGGCAUUGUCCUCAACCUUACAACAGCCUGCCAGAGCUUUUACCUGGAACACAGCGACGACAUCCUGUGCCUGACCAUUAACCAGCAUCCCAAGUUUCCCAACGUGGUGGCAACUGGCCAAGUAGGUGAUUCUGGUGACAUGUCAGCCACCUCCCCGUCCAUCCACGUGUGGGACGCCAUGAACAAGCAAACCCUGUCAGUGUUGCGCUGCUACCACUCACGCGGGAUUUGCUCCGUAAGCUUCAGUGCCACCGGGAAGCUGCUGCUAUCUGUGGGACUAGACCCUGAGCAUACCAUCACCGUCUGGAAGUGGCAGGAAGGUGCCAAGGUGGCGAGCCACGCCGGCCACACGCAGCGCAUCUUUGUGGCGGAGUUCCGACCCGACUCAGACACACAGUUUGUGUCAGUGGGGAUCAAGCACGUGCGGUUCUGGAGCCUUGCGGGCCGGGCCCUGCUCAGCAAGAAAGGGGUACUGAGCUCCAUCGAGGAUUCCCGCAUGCAGACCAUGCUCUCUGUGGCUUUUGGAGCUAAUAACUUGACAUUUACAGGUACCAUAAGUGGGGAUGUGUUUGUGUGGAAAGAACACAUUCUAGUGCGAAUCGUGGCUAAAGCCCACACAGGCCCCGUGUUCACCAUGUACACUACUCUGAGGGAUGGGCUCAUCGUCACCGGAGGGAAGGAGAGGCCGUCCAAGGAGGGGGGUGCCUUGAAAUUGUGGGACCAGGAACUGAAGCGCUGCCGGGCCUUUCGCCUGGAGACGGGGCAGAUCAUUGACUGCGUGCGCUCCGUAUGCAGGGGAAAGGGUAAGAUCCUGGUGGGCACUCGCAAUGCCGAGAUCAUCGAGGUAGGCGAGAAGAAUGCCGCGUGCAACAUCCUUGUGAAUGGACACAUGGACGGGCCAAUCUGGGGUCUGGGCACACACCCCACCCGCGAUGUGUUUCUGUCAGCUGCCGAGGAUGGCACAGUGCGCCUCUGGGACAUCCCUGAGAAGAAGAUGCUGAACAAGGUAAACCUGGGACACCCUGCCCGCACAGUCUGCUACAGCCCUGAGGGUGACAUGGUGGCCAUCGGCAUGAAGAACGGCGAGUUCAUCAUUCUGCUGGUGACCUCGCUCAAGAUCUGGGGCAAGAAGAGAGACCGACGGUCUGCUAUUCAGGACAUCAGGUUCAGCCCAGACUCACGGUACCUGGCAGUGGGCUCCAGCGAGAACGCGGUGGAUUUCUACGACCUCACACUGGGGCCGACGCUCAACCGCGUCAACUGCUGCAGGGACGUGCCCAGCUUUGUCCUGCAGAUGGACUUCUCUGCCGACAGCUGCUACAUCCAGCUGUCCACUGGUGCCUACAAGCGGCUUGUGUAUGAGGUGCCUUCGGGAAAGCAGGUCACUGAGCAGGCAGUGGUUGACAGGAUCACCUGGGCCACGUGGACUAGUGUCCUAGGGGACGAGGUGGUGGGAAUUUGGUCCCGCAAUACUGAUAAAGCGGACGUUACCUGUGCCUGCGUCUCCCAUUCCGGCCUCAACAUCGUCACAGGCGAUGACUUUGGAAUGGUAAAGCUGUUUGACUUUCCAUGUCCAGAAAAGUUUGCCAAACACAAGCGUUUUCUGGGCCAUUCUGCCCACGUGACAAACAUCCGCUUCACAAGCGGGGACCGCUACGUUGUCAGUGCGGGGGGUGACGACAGAAGCCUGUUUGUCUGGAGGUGCAUUCACACCCCCCACUAGGGGGUAAUGCGGGUGCCAUCGCCGCAUCUCAGGGGCUGCAUGGGCAAUCCAGCACGGCUAAGGUACGAGAAGAGCCUCACGAUGGGAUGCCUGCAUGCUGAAAGAACCGCCAGCCUGGCAGCUAACGGAAAGACUGCGUUCACUCGAAUCGUUGCCUGCAAGUGGGGUUCAACUAAUGAGGGGCAACUGUAAUACCGGCUGUCACACCCCCACCCAGUGUCCUGUCCACUUCCCAAUGUACUGUCCUCACUUCCAGCACAUGAGCACCACUUCAGCUUCACCGAGCAGUUUAAAGUUCGAAACAGAAAAUGAUCUUUGCAGUCAGACAGAAGACCACAAGCCACCGAUUCCCCCCCGCCCCCACCCCACCACCCUGCCUUCCAUGCAUCGAUGGUAUUCGCUCAGUUUUAAUCCUCACGUUGUGGCGCUUUCUUUGUUUUGUUGCAUUUUAUUUUUGGAGCCUGAGUGUGUUUUUCUCUAUUUUUCUAAGUGGCAUUACUAUGACAGAUGGUCUGAUUCCAUCCAAAUACUGACAAAAAUUCCAUUUUGAGUACAACAUGCAUUGCAUACGUGGUUUGCCUUAAAAUUCUUGUGGAAUCUGUUGUUCGUGUCGCUGAGGCUGGUGUGGCGUUUCUGUACGCUCACAUUCUUCUGUCUUUUUUGGAUAAGAUCAUUUUCUUUCUCGUUGUUGCUUUCGUUGUUUAAAUCAGAUCUCCCGUGGCCUUCUUCCUGAAUGUACCAUCCGAGUUUUAUUCUGGAUGUCAGCAUGCCAAAGCGAACUAUGCACUGUAUACCUGACCCGGUCACUGUGGUUAACUCUGAUGGUUUAUUCACGUAAAAUGUGCUGUUUACCCGUCCAACUCCGAAACCUUCCCAGCCCCUAAGCCUGACCCCUGUAUUGAAAUUGAUCGUGAAACUGAUGAACCUGUAAGUGGAAAUGUAGCAGCGUUUUGGCUUGUGUCGUAUCCCCUCCCCCUAUCUGACGUACGUAUGCGGGAACCGUAUGUACAUGGGAUUUAUGAGAUUGUGACUUAUCUAAGUGCGCAUGGCUUAACGAGCGACAAUCCCUUUCCAAACAAAACCGUUGAGUGAAAAAAAAAAAAGGAAGUGUUUUAACGUAUGUUGAGUUUCUCCUUUUAUCACCGUUUUACGUGCUGCUAAAAUAGUUUUCUAAGUUCAUAUCCUCAUUUCAGAAAG